AUCUAUUUAAAAAUGACCAAACAUCAGUCGGUGCUGCGUAAUUCAACCUUUUUUUUAUUUUUUUUCAAAUAGACAAGACGGAUGAAAGGACUGAAUUAAAUUGACAAGAGAGAUGGCCAAAUUAUUGAACCAAAGCAGAACACAUGUUACCUAAAAAGAAUGUGGUCCGGCCAGAACACGUGUUUCGUCCUUGCUAAUUUGCCAAUAAAUAAAUCAUUUCCAUCAGUAUUCAACUCAUUAACAAAUGCCAAUGGACUACAUCACAUUUUUUCUUGUUCUUGCGCUGUCCUUUGUGUCUAUAUGCAUUCAUAUCCUUGUCUCCAACCCAAUUUUCAGGAGGUCCAGCACAGCCCGACUCCCACCGGGCCCUUAUGCUUUUCCGGUGAUCGGAAACUUCUUAGCACUUGGCAACAAACCCCAUGAGUCACUAGCCACCCUUUCCAAAACUUAUGGUCCUAUUAUGUCUCUCAAACUAGGGAGUAUAACUACCAUAGUUGUAUCAUCACCCAAAAUUGCAAAAGAAGUGCUGCAAAAACAUGACCUGAACAUCUCCAGCCGGAUAAUCCCCGACUCCGUCAAGGUGCUCGAUCACUCCAUAGUCUCCAUUGUGUGGCUGCCGGCAUCAAACCAGUGGCGAAAACUCCGAAAGAUAUGCAAAGAGUACUUGUUUUCAGCCCAAGUCCUAGAUAGUAGCCAAGGCCUUCGCAGAAAAAAGGUGAGAGAACUAGUUGACUACGUGCAUGAAAGCUGCACCAGUGGUCAGGCUGUGGAUAUUGGCCGAGCUGCCUUUACCACAUCCCUUAAUUUGCUAGCAAACACUUUCUUCUCUAUUGAUUUGGCUCAUUAUCAAGCCAACUCAUCUCAAGAAUUCAAAGACAUUGUGUCGACUGUGAUGGAUCUUGUUGGGAAGACUAAUGUUGCAGACUAUUUUCCUCUACUUAAAUUGAUCGACCCACAACAUUUUCGGCGACAGAUGAAAUUUUAUUUUGGAAAGUUGCUAGAGAUAUUUGAAGCAAUUAUCAACCAAAGGUUACAAUCAAGAGCUUCUUCCUCUGGGUUGGGCAAUGAUGUAUUAGGAACGCUCCUCAAUCAAAGCAAAGAUAAUGAUACUGAAGGGUUCAGCAUCAAUGACUUAAAGCAUUUGCUUCUGGACUUAUUUCUUGCAGGGACUGAUACAACAUCAGCCUCAGUAGAAUGGGCAAUGGCAGAGCUAAUGAAAAGGCCUGACGCGAUGGCAAAAGCUCGAAAUGAGCUGGAAGAAGUGAUUGGCAGGGAUGGACAUAGACUAGUUCAAGAAUCAGACAUCCCAACCCUCCCUUACUUGCAAGCAGUAGUAAAAGAGAGCUUGAGGUUGCACCCAGUUGCCCCACUUCUAAUUCCUCACAAGGCUGAAGCUGAUGUAGAAAUAUGUGGCUACACUGUCCCCAAAAAUGCACAAGUCCUUGUUAAUGUUUGGGCUAUGGGGCGCGAUCCGAAUAUCUGGUCGAACCCAAAUUCAUUUUUGCCGGAAAGGUUCUUAGAGCAUGAAACGGACUUCAGAGGACAAGAUUUCGAGCUAAUUCCCUUUGGGGCGGGAAGAAGGGUGUGCCCCGGAAUGGCAUUGGGCUCUCGGAUGCUGCACUUCAUGUUGGCCUCUCUUUUGCAGUCGUUCGACUGGAAGCUUGAAGAAGGGGUGAAACCAGAAGACAUUGACAUGAAUGAUAAAACCGGGCUUACAAUGCAGAAGGCCAUGCCUCUCAAGGCUAUUGCAAUUAAACUGUGACUGUCAAUUUCUGUACCCUUUGGGAUUUCCCUCCCACUACUAGAAGGAACUCCACCUUAUGUUCAGUUUAGCCAAUAAAGGUGAAAAGGGGGUUAAGUAACCUUAUGCUCGGUGUACUCUUUUAAGUUUUCUUCUUUCUCCAUAUGCCUAUUUAACAAAUAUAUAUAUAUCAAUAAAUUGUGGAGGACUGUGAAAUGGCAAA